AUGGCUACUCAAACUUCGAAGAACGAAUUCUCAGCAGCAGAUCUGCUGAAUUCAGCUCUGACUUUCAUUAAUCCCAUCGUUACAGCUCCAUUCUCCGCCAUCCAGAAUCUCUUUGACUAUCUGGGAAAGAAUCCCCAGACCGCCGCAGCUCUGAACAAAACUUACUCCCUCCGCGGCAUCUUUAAGGCUGCUGCCACCACGAAUCCAGCAUGCGACCAAAAGCUCACAAUUGACCUCUCGCCCACGCGGAUUGCGAGGAUCCCUUCUGCUAUAAAAAUCGAACUUGCUCCACACGGAUUGGUUGAAAUUCUUGCUUUCUUCGACGCGAUCUCUCAACACUAUGUUGUACAGAUCUUGACCCUUCUCAGCACCAUUGCUGGGCGCGAUCUAAUCUCUUUGCACGCCAAUUUCAAUGUGAACUUUCGGAUCAUUGACUACACCACCGCGACUGCAUCUCCUCAGAGCCUAAACGGCUGCGGCGCGCACACCGACUACGGCACAUUCAGCAUAAUCUUUCAAGACGGCAAUGCAGGCCUCGAGAUGGAGGCGCCUGAGGCACCGGGAACGUGGGUUUCCGUGCCUGGCAAUGCGACUGUACUGCUGUGUGGGUGGUGUGCAGUGGUGCUGAGUGGAGGCAAGGUAAUGGCAGUACGUCACCGUGUUCGACGCGUGCCUGGAGUGCGACGCCUAUCAGCAGUGUUGUUUGUGGCACCAGAUUUAAAUGUAAAGUUGGCGCCCGCAGAGAGAGUAGAUGCAUUCUCAGAUCCGGUAAAUCAGGGUCUUUUUGAUGUGCGAUGGUUCAAGGAGGAGAUGGGGAAGAAAUGGCGAUACCGAGAAGGGAAUGGAAAGCUCGAGGAUGAUGGGCUCGAGCAGGAUCAUGACAUAGGUGAUUUAAUUUGGAAGAGCUUCUAA